GGCAUUGUGGACUCUUCCCAAAUGAAGCACAAAGUACAGUAGUCUGCUGGCAAUAGGAAUUGCUAACUCCCGGUGGAUUUGAGGGGGUGCAUGCGUACAGGCUGCUCAUUCAAGCAAACAGCACUAAGGUCUUAAAUGAGCUUCAUUUAGUGCCAACAUUUCAUUUCAGCAGGGAGACCAGACCCUCUAGUCUGAUUACGCGCUGUUCUUGCUCAACAUGCUGAGACAUUUUACAGUCUUUCUGCUCCCUCUGCUAGAGUGCAAGAUUGUUGCAAUUUAUGAAACACAGACUACCGACGCCUUUGGAAAUAUCCUUAAUGGGAUUAAGGGCUGUAUUUUACACAUUUUGGGGGGAAAGUGAAGAUCUGGGGGUGGUUCUUUUCUGUUGGGGAGUCCUGGUUAAUCUCGCUGUCACGAGGCGAUUGGAUUAAAGGGGUUGGAGAAGUUUAGCAUGUUCUUUGCAUGACUCUGAGAUUUUGUCUCGCAAUAUGCAAGAUUAAACUACGAUUGGCAACUAAAGAACUGGAUUAAUUAUAUAAGAGGUGGAAAUGAACAUAGCCUGGUUUCUCCUCAUCCUGAUAGAAGAAGGAUUAGCACUGGCACAAAAAACACAAGAGGUCCAAAAUGUUGGAGCAAAGCUCAAACCUGGUCCUCAGUGUGGUACAUGGAUUCGAAACCACAAUGGAGGAUUGUUCACCUCCCCAAACUACCCUGAUACCUACCCCCCGAACAAGGAAUGUGUUUACAUCUUGGAAGCUGCACCACGUCAAAGAAUCGAGUUGAGCUUUGACGACCCUUACUACGUUGAGCCUUCCUUUGAGUGCCGCUUCGAUCACCUGGAGAUUCGGGACGGUCCGUUCGGGUUCUCCCCUCUGAUCAAUCGCUAUUGCGGCCCAAAGAGUCCUGGCUUGGUGAGAUCCACGGGGAGGUUCAUGUGGAUAAAGUUCACAACGGACGAGGAACUCGAGGGGCUGGGUUUCCGUGUCACAUAUGCAUUCGUACCAGAUCCAGAUUUCACAUACCUGGGUGGAAUAUUAAAUCCCAUUCCAGCAGACUGCCAGUUCGAACUCUUCGGAGCCGAUGGAGUAAUUCGCUCAGGUCAAGUCGAGGAGGAUGACAAAAUCCAGCCUGGUCAAGCCGUUGACUGCAUAUGGACAGUUCGAGCCCCUCCUAAAGCUAAAAUUUAUCUGCGGUUUCUUGAGUACCAGAUGGAGCACUCCAAUGAGUGCAAGAAGAACUUUGUGGCGGUGUACGACGGCAGCAGCGCCAUCGAGAACCUGAAGGCCAAGUUCUGCAGCACCGUGGCCAACGACGUCAUGCUGGAGACGGGGACCGGUGUGGUGAGAAUGUGGGCCGACGAGAGCAGCAGGCUCAGCCGCUUCAGAAUGCUCUUCACUUCCUUCGUCGACCCUCCCUGUUCCGGCAAUACAUUCUUUUGCCAUAGCAACAUGUGCAUCAACAGUUCUCUGGUUUGCAAUGGAGUUCAAAACUGUGUUUAUCCCUGGGAUGAAAAUCAUUGCAAAGAGAAAAAGACCAACGGCCUGUUCCAUCAGAUCACUAAAACACAUGGCACCAUCAUCGGCGUAUCUUCUGGGAUAGUCCUGGUCCUCCUCAUCAUUUCCAUCCUGGUGCAGGUGACGCAGCCCCGCAAGAAGGUGCUGGCACGCAAGCCUGCGUUCAACAAGAGUGGUUUCCAAGAGGUGUUCGACCCGCCUCACUACGAGCUUUUCUCACUGAGGGACAAGGAGAUCUCCUCGGACCUGGCAGACCUCUCCGAGGAGCUGGAGAACUACCACAAGAUGAGGAGAUCCUCAACCGCCUCGCGCUGCAUCCAUGACCACCACUGCGGGGGCCAGCCCUCCAUGGUCAAAGAGAGCCGCACCAACCUCAGCUCCAUGGAGCUCCCUUACCGCAACGACUUCUCCCAGCCCCAGCCCAUGAAGACAUUCAAUAGCACCUUCAAGAAAAGCUGCUACGGCUACAAACAGAAUCAUGACUGCGCCGAGCAGGUCAUAGAAGACAGAGUGAUGGAGGAGAUCCCCUGCGAGAUCUACGUGAGGGGCAGCAGGAAUAAUGACGCAGUACAGCGCUCAAUGUCUAUUGACUUUUGAAUCAGAAAUCUCCAGAGGACAGCGAUAUACCCACAUCUUUGUUUUCACAGGGAGGAAGACAGACUUUUCGGUUUUAAAUACAAUGCUUGCAUUACUAUUUUAUUUAUUUGUAUGGGGGAUUUUUUUUUCUGAAAUGUCAGAUUUAGUCUUAUUUUGGAUGUUGUUGCUUGGCUUUACUUAAUGGCUUUUGCAUUGGAUAAUUUAAUAACUGGAUGAUGAUAAUGUAAAUAUGGCUGCUGUAUUACUAAUCCAUAUAUUAAAAGUAGCCCUGGCCCUCAUGUUUUUUUGUUGUUUGUUUUUUUUUAACUGUUUCUAUUUUUCUUUGUUUUAAAUAAUAAAAUACAAAAAAAAAACUGAAUGAGGUUAUUAUUGAAGCUAUAUUUUUGGCAGCUCAGUUCCUUAUAAAAUUAAGUUCUGCCAAGACACGCUUCUAAUGAAAUCCUAUAUAGUAGUAUUAUAUGUGUAUUAUAAUGAAUUAGGAAAUAUACUUUAUCAUAUGUGACUGAUUUUAACACAAGAUUAGUAUAAAUUUAAUUUAUGUUGCAGGCAGCUACCACAAACAAUUUCAUAACCAGUAUUGCUAAUUCCAAUAUCUUGCUGUCAAUUUGGAUUAGUAUUGGUUAAACUGACCUUAUUUACAUGAAAGUUAGGAUAUGCAUUGGCAGAGCAGUCUUUAAAAAGAGCUUUUCUAUUUUUCUGAAUAAAAAUGAAGAAAGAUAUUGCAUUUAGAGUAACAGUAUUGUUUAUGUACAGUAAAAAUGCCAUUGCCAUGCUCUGCAUAGCAACGAGUUACACUAUUAACCUGUUCUCUUCGUGUUUGUAUACUGAAGCUUUGCAGACUUUGUAGAAAAACAUUAAAACACAGCUUUAAUAGUGA